CCGCACCUCCGCUCGCAAAAGGAACACGAGCUCCAGCGCCGACACCGCCGCGCCGUGCUCCGCACCGCACCGCUCCCGCUCCCGCCCCUCCUCCCAACCCCGGCGCUGCGCACCACUCACAGCCGAUCUCCCCCUCCUCUCCAUCCCUUCGGAGCCGGCGGCGGACGAAGAGCUCUGCAAGCGAAUCCAGCGAAGAGAACGUGUGGAAGCUCUGCGAGUACAUCAGGAGCCAGGAUCGCUACCCUCUGGAAGAGUUCUGUGCUGUUUUCAUAUCCAGCGAUAGGAGGAUGGUGAGCGGUCGCGGUCUGAAUGCGGCCGAGGCCGUGAAUCCCCGCCUGGGUGCUCCCCCGCACCCUUACACCGCAGCCUUGAAGCCACUGCCCAGCGCAGUGGAGAUGUGACCCCUGGCAUUCCAACCCCUGGCUGCCCUGGGGGGACGUGGCCCUACGGCCCUUCAGAAUCCAGGAUCAGAUUCCACUCUGGAAACAGAAAUCAGGGCAUGGAGAUGAACCUGUUGUCUGGCUUUUGUAGACACGGGCGGAGCUGAGGCCACGCUGAGGAGAGCGACGCAAGCGGGCGGCCCAGCAGCGCCCUGCACGUUGCCAUGGCUGCGCGGGGCGUCCUGUAAUGGCGGCGGCGGGAGCUGCGGGCAGCCAUGGUGCGGAUCACUGAAGAUCUUGUUAGAAGACGUGCAGAACAUAAUAACUGUGAAAUUUUUUCACUGGAAGAAAUCUCUUUACAUCAGCAAGAAAUAGAAAAAUUAGAAUACCUUGACAAAUGGUGUCGGGAUUUGAAAAUUCUCUAUCUUCAGAAUAACCUAAUUCCAAAAAUUGAAAAUGUGGGCAGGUUAAAGAAGUUAGAAUAUUUAAAUGUUGCAUUGAACAAUAUUGAAAGAAUUGAAAAUUUGGAAGGCUGUGAAGAACUGAAGAAGCUUGACUUGACAGCAAAUUUCAUUGGUGAACUGUCCAGUGUCAAAACCCUAAAAUAUAACAUACAUUUGAAGGAACUGUUUCUAGUGGGUAACCCAUGCACUGAAUUUGAAGGUUACAGACAAUUUGUGGUGGCAACACUUCAUCAAUUAAAAUAUUUGGAUAGUAAAGAAAUAGAACGUUCGGAGAGAAUUCAAGCACUUCAGUACUAUCCAGAAGUGAAACAGAAAAUCAGAGAACAGGAACAAGCUUACCUUCUCAAAAGAGCCAAAGAAAAAGAAGAGGCUCAAAGAAAGAUGCAUGAAAGAAAGGAUAGGAAAGAAAAACAAAUGGAAGCUGAGCUUGGACUUGACAGCCCAGACUCCCUACAAUACAAAGAAAAUCAUCAGACAGAAGGAGAACAACAAAUGUGGAGAACAGCUGAAGAUGAUGAAGAAGACAGAAGAUUUUGGGAGGAGCCAACACCAUAUACUCCAGAAUCUAGAUUAGAAACUCACAGAUAUAUUGAAGAAAAAAGGAAAGCUAGAGACAGUAUAAGAGGGUCAAAAACAAGAGAGAAGCCUCUUCCAAAAUUGGUCACUGCAGAAGGAAAAGUUCUGAAUGUCAAUAUGCCUAAGCUUCAUUUCUCUUUGAAAGAUGAUGAAGAAAACAAUCAGUUCAUCUUGGAUCUUGCUGUUUACAGACAUCUGGACACUUCUCUGCUUGAUAUCGAUGUCCAGCCAACUUAUAUACGAGUACUGGUGAAAGGAAAGACAUUCCAACUAGUGCUCCCUGAGGAAGUCAAGCCAGAUAGCAGCUCUGCUAAAAGAUCACAAACAACUGGUCAUUUAGUUGUCAGCAUGCCAAAGGUUAAAGAAAUAAUCCUGGCUAAGCAAAAAUCAUCAACUUCAGUCAAACCUUCUGACAGCAACACGAUGUACAAAAAAAGUACAAGAAGCAAACCAGUUGAGAAAUUAGAAGUGGAUCCUGACAAAUAUUCAUUCCCAGAUGUGACAAAGAUAAUCCCAGAAAAGGAACAAAUUGGACGAGGACCUAUUAAGCUACAGCCAGAGAAGAUUACAGAGACAGUGAAAAGCAAUGUUGAUUUUGAAAAUAAUGAAGAAGUACCUCCCUUAAUUUGAAAGAUUCUUUAUUAGUUUCUCUGUUUGUAGUCUGUAUACCUGAGUUGUUUUCAUGAUCUGAUGCGUAGAGUAAGUAUUAUCUGGCUGAAGCUGGAAAUGUCAUUACAGUUCUUGCCAUAAACUUUGUUGUACUUCUGUAUUCUGGUGUAUUUUCUGUAAGUAUAUUGCUUAUAUAAUUUUUUUCUUUUCUAGGUUGUUUACUCUGUAAAGCCCAAAUGAGAAUGGGGGUCAAAGAGUCACAUAUUGUCAGGUUUUUUUUUUCUGAAGAAUUACUGUUUAGCUUAAAAGGGCAGCAAGGCUUGUGAAGGACUUGGAGAAUAUGGCCUGUGAGGAGAAACUGAAGGAACUGGGGCUGUUUAGUCUGGGGAAAAGAAGGCUGAGGGGAAACCUUAUUGCUCUCUUCCAAUAUCUGAAAGGUGCUUACAGCGAGAGCAGGGCUGGUCUCUUCUCAGUGGUGACAGGACGAGGGGAAAUGGCCUCAAGUUGCACCAGGGUAAGUUUAGGUUGGAUAUCAGGAAAAACUUCUUUACAGAAAGGGUUGUUAAGCACUGGAAUAGUCUCCUCAGGGAGGUGGUUGAGUCACCAUCCCUGGAUGUGUUUAAAAACCGUCUGGAUGUGGUGCUCAGGGACAUGAUCUAGUGGAGGGCUGUUAGAGUUAGGGUAGGAUGGUUAGCUUGUGGUUGGACUCAAUGAUCUUUAAGGUCUUUUCCAGCCUGAGUGAUUCUAUAAUUCUGUGGAUUAUUAUUGAAAAAGAAAAGAGAAGGAAGGAAAAACAAGACAAGAAUUAUGUUUAUUCUGACUGAACUAAAGAUAGUAGAAAAAUCUGUGUAUUCUUCCAGUGCUUUCAUUUUCAUGAAGAACAGCACUAAAAGAAUGUGAUGUAUUCUGGGAGUGAGAGACAUUGCUUUACUCUGCCAUAUGUGAAUUUCCCAGCAUAAUACAGAGCUCCUACAUUCUGGAGUUGGUAUACUGGUGCCACUCCUUGAAAAUGUUGGAAGAGAAGGUAUCUCAGACACGUGGCACUGUGGGGGAGAUGAGAGAAAACAGUAAGAUUUCUUGUUCCUCUAAAUGCAGCUGCUUUGAACUGUUCCAGAUUUUUCAGGCAGGCAUCCUUUAAAAUAUCAAGGCUAAUUUUUAGCUCUUGUUAGCAUCGAGAUGAAAUAAGACUGUGAAGCUGGAAUGAGAUGAGCUUCUAUUUCCCUAAUUUUUUAGCCCAUUUUUAGCAGCCACAGACUGCUAUCGUAUUUUUCCAUCAGCUUCUGAAUUGCCCUGGAAGUGAAACAAGUGGCAUCAAAGAACGAAUGUAUUCUGAAUUACCAUUUCAUAACUGAAAAUUAUUGCAGUUAAGUAAGACCAAAUUUCCUUUUUCCCUCUCUGUUUUCCCAAGAAAACGUGGUUCAUGUCAUUCUUAUCUCAGUUCUGCUUUCAAAAGUAAUUUUGGUUAUUUUUACCCUGUUUAACAGAAAAGAAGAAUCACAGAAAUAUUCAGCUCCUCUGAAGUUGGUGAAAAUGGCCACUGGGAAGAGAGAACUUAGGAAUUAUUAACUCUGUUAGUAGUCUCUCAGCUAAUCACUGUGUCAGUAGCUCUUUGGCCAUGUUAACACUCUUGUUGGGCGGUAGUUAGAGAAAGGAGUGAAUGAUGAUGGUGAUGAGGUUCUGGAAACCUGAGGGGAAGCUGAUGGGUGUAGGAUGUAUUUACAAAAUAACCUUAGACCUUGAGUUGCUAUGGAAAGAGAUGUUAGAUACUGAGUAGACAAAGGAAUUUUGCGGAAGGAGGGUCACAGCAUGUAUUACAAGGUUGGGUUGUUGGUGAAAUGUGAGAAAUGGGGGACAAUAUGACAUCAAAUCAGGGGAAAUCGAGCCUCAUUAACUCUGUUGUCUAUAAAACAAUUGAUUUCAGGAUGUAUGUGCCUGAAUGCCUCUUCUGAUCUUUUAGUAGGGAAACUAGCAUUUAAACAACUUUUUUUUUUAAAAAAAAAGUUUUCAGACCAAGUUUAAAACAAACAAACAAAACAAACAAACAAAUAAACAAAAAAAAAGAGAAACUCCAACCAAAAAAACAAAUUAAGUGAUCUACAUUACCUUACUAAUUCAUUUGAAACUGUUUCUCUGUAAAGGAAGACUUCUUUGGCCCUGCAGAAAGAAAAUGCUUUUGAUUCAAAACAGCUUUUACUUCUAGCCAGAAGGGAUGCAGCAAGCAAAUUAAACUCAGGAAGUGUCAAAGGG